AUGCGGCACUUGGAUGGGUAUAACAAACAGAAAGAUAAUUUUCCAACGCCUACCUCAUAUUCCGCGGAUGAGACGGGGAAUCGUGGUGGGGGUACAGCGACCCAGAAUAGAUUGGGUUUGUUGGAAGAUGAAGUCCCCUUGAGUGCCGUAACGCCGAAGGAAUUCAUUAACAAUGCUUCGGAAGUGCAGAGAAUGACUGCUGUAACCUUACCUGAAGGCCCAUCACCUACUACAUCUUUGCUGUCCAGGAUCUACCAUGGAACACUAAAAAUACUGUCUCGUAUCGGCCUCGGGGAAAGCGACACUCGACGAGGCCACACACGGAUCAGAUGGAAAAAUGGUCCGGGUAAAUGGCUGUAUGAUGAUUAUGUUGAGCAUGUCCCAGGUGCUUUGGAAGACAUGAAGACAUUCUUGAGGUCAUCAGCAUAUGUCACCACUGCCAAUAUGAGUGGUGGUAGCCAGCAAGUCCCAGAAAGCUCCACCUCCUGUAAUUCAGUUUCGAGCGCAUCAGCGACGCGACAUUCUCCCUCGAGUGAUUCCACGGCUCAGUUACAAGGCUCGAAUAUAAUACCCACUAGCGACAGCCAAACAGAUGUUGAACUGGGUGAAAUGGUCUCUCAUCCUCCACUUCUCCUGUCAUGCGUCGCAGAUGAUCGGCAAUUGUUCCACACAUUACGCCGUAUCUACCAUGAGCACCGAGGACGACUAAGACCCAUAUGGUCUCUGAAGACUUUGCAUAGUAUCCAUUUCAUGAAGUUUGCCUAUGGCGGAAGCCGCUACAUCGAUGUUCGAUGCCACGAAGAAAUCUGCGAAACGGGCAGACCUUGUGUCUGCGUGCCUCCCGAGCAACUUGUCCUCCCUAAAGGAAAGGAAUACGACUGUCGUCCGAUUCCUCCGAAGCUUUCCCCACCUAUCGGCCCACGACUCAUGAUGGACUUCUUCAACAACCCUCAGUACAUUGCCCCAAAUAGUACCUCGAUUGUUCAACAACUUCCGAAACGGGCAUGUGGGAAGUUGCAGAAUGAGUACAUAAAUCUCACCGAGGCAUGGGGCAUCUUUUACAAGGAAGACUGGAACUGGGCGAGGAUUUGGUGGAUUCUCGCAUUGGGUUUCUUCCCUCCCAGUUUGCUUUUCGGGGUACUGUGGACUGUUUUCAAGCAGGAUAUUUCGGGUGCUUUUGGUGUCGCGAGUUGGUGGAUGGCUGGUGCGUCAAUCAUUGUGGGUAUCGUUGGGACUUAUGAUAUGUGA